AUGGCAAGUUUCGAGGAAACAGAGUUCGAGAUAGGAGGGAGUGAUCUAGUUGCAAGUAGUUCAAGUGAUGAUGAAAUUGUAUCAUGUUACAAGCAGCAAGCAGCAAGCAGUGUUAGAAAAUUUCCCCUAGAUUUCAAUUUCACUUCUAAUGCACUAACCGUAUAUGUGGACCUCAAGAGAGCUUUGUCCGUGUUUAUAAUAAACACGGACAAAACUCUCUUGAAGUCCACAUAUACGACUGUAGUCAAAUGCGUCAAUCUGAUCAGCUCUGAAUUUUUUGUUUUUGAUUGGACAGUUCAAGACGAACAAGGGAGUGAGAAAGUAAACCACUGUUUCUCAGAGCCCUGGGGAGACAGUGAUUUGAUUCUUGUCGUCGAAGAUGAAAAAUUCCAUGUGCAUCGCCUGAUACUAAGUUUGAACUCACCAGUGUUCAGGGCCAUGUUCAAAUCUGAAUUCAAAGAAGGAAGUUCCAAUGAGAUUCCUCUGCCGGGGAAAAAAGCCGAUGAAAUGUUGGACUUUCUGAUGAAGAUUUACGGACCCCAGUACAUAAAAGAGGAAGUGGAAAUCACAAUGGAAAACGUUAAACAACUUAUGCAGUUAAGUGACGAGUAUCAGGUAACAGAACACAUUUUCCAACCUUGUGUGGAGUUCCUUGAAGACAAACGUAAAACCAAGGAAAAUGUCAUGCAAAUUCUUGCGCUUGCAGAGUUGUAUGACUUGGAGGAAGUCCGUGAGGACUGCAACAAACUGCUUUGUUGUCUGAAGCUGGAGACUCUUUCUGAAACCGUCCAGUUUGAAAAUGUCGGGAAGGAUGAACUAGAGCAUUUUCUGACGCAGAGGAUUGACGUGCUGGAGGGAUAUUUAGAGGAAUUGUAUCCACAAUUUAUGGGCCUUCUGGAAUGUUGUUUGUGGUUGUGGCGUCAUGAGAAAAAUCGGCGCCUGGAAUUUUGUCCAACUCAUUUCAGCGGCGGAAGAGCGAAUUGCAAUCUUGAUAGGGAUAUCAAGAAAUGUGAGGCUUGUAAAAAAAUGCUUUGUGAUUUGGCUUCAUAUACCCUCCCUGACUAUCGGUCUAUUAACUAUGGUAAAACUUAUUGCAAUUCCGCCUCGCCCAAUCGUUAUCAUUUUGACAAAUGUUUGCCAAAGGUAGUUCAGAAGUAUUCUCAGCUUAUGACUGAAUGA